CACACACACACACACACACUGCAGACGACACACCGCGGGGCCAGUAACCUCUCCACCUCGCCCAUAUUUCCACCCUCCACUCCCCUCCAAGGCCUCCACCCCGCCUUUACUCCACAUAUAUAACCCUUUCAGCCUUUAUUUCACCCUUGUGAAGCGCGUAGCCAUGUGUGAGAGGGCUGUGAUAGGCCUGGUAGUGGUGCUGGCCGUGGUGGGGGCGGCCCGGGCCAUCAACGCGAAGGGCUGCACACCGCUGGACGCCUGGACGUUUGACAAGAUCAUCCCCAAGUUCCAGGCCGCCGUGGUGAAGUUCGACGUGGCGUACCCUUACGGCAAGAAGCACGAGGAGUUCACCAAGCUCUCGGCGGCUGGACGCGGGUCACCGGAGCUGCUGGUGGCGGAAGUCGGGGUCAAGGACUAUGGGGACAUGGAGAACACUGACCUGGCCGAGCGGUUUGGGGUCAAGAAGGAGGACUUUCCGAAGGUCAUGCUGUUCGUGGCGGGGAAGGAGGAGCCGCUGGUGUUUGAGGGCGACUUCAAGGCUGAGGAGAUGAAGAAAUUUAUCCGGCGGAACUCUGGAAUCUACAUUGGACUCGAGGGAUGUUUGGAGACCUUCGAUCGCAUUGUGGAUAAGUUCAUGGUCUCCGAGGACUUCACCGCCAAGAAGCAGCUGUUGAGGGAUGCCGAGGAUGCGUGGGAUGCCCUAAAGAGCCCAUCGGACCGCAAAAUCGCCGAGACAUACGUUAAGGUCAUGCGUAAGGUUCUCGAAAAGGGUCGGGAAUUUGUCAAGCAGGAGAAGACGAGGGUGGAGGGACUGAUGACGGGGAGGAUAACGGAGGAGAAGAAGGAGGAGAUGCAGGGUCGCCUCAACAUCCUAAAAUCCUUCAUUCACGAGGAGUUGUGAGGAUCUGACACCCUAUGCAGCCACCCAGGUGUUUCUAUUCACCUGUAGCUCUUCGUUAACUACUGUUGUUGUUCGGUGUUGUAGUGUUUCUUAGGUGUGUUGUAGGUGUGUUGCUAUCAUUCUCGGCCCAGUUAGUGUGUGUGUGUGUGUGUUGUCCAUGUCAUUCUUCUCAUUUUGUCACGUUUGUAAGACUCACUGAUGUCUCACUCACUCACCGUCACCAGUCUCCUCACACUCAUUGUCACUCAUUCACCCACGUCACGAAUGUCAAAAAUUUGUUUAGUGUGUAAGUUAAAAUUCUUCGCUGUUCAGAUUAACUUGACAAGGCAGCCCAGUAACCACCAAUCAGAUUUGACCUUUCCCAGCAUUCAACAGUGAGAUUUAACCUUUCCUAGCAUCCACUCACAAGAUUUGACCUUUACUGGAAUUAGGAAAGAAAAUUCAACAUUUCCCAGCAUCCACCAGUGAGAAUCAACCCUUCCCAGCAUCCACCAUUGAGAUUUAACCUUUCUCAACAUCCACCAGUGAGAUUUUAACUUUCCCAGCAUCCACCAGUGAGAUUUAACCCUUCCCAGCAUCCACCAGUGAUUUAACUUUUCCCAGCAUCCACCAGUGAGAUUCAACCCUUCCCAGCUUCCACCAGUGAGAUUCAACCCUUCCCAGCAUCCACCAGAGAGAUUCAACCCUUCCCAGCAUCCACCAGUGAGACUUAACCUUUCCCAGCAUCCACCAAUGAGAUUUAACCUUUCCUACCACCAAUGACAUACAGCUUUAGAGAAAAUGGGUGAGACUUGCAUGUGAACUGACCAAUGAGACACACUGAUUAGGGGAAGGGGGCGGGGCUUAUUUGCCAAGUCAGUCUGAACAGUUCCUCCUAGGACAUAUAUUCUGACGAAACUCCCAUAAGGUAGUGAAUAGCUUAGAUACGGAUGCACAACUAUUUCUUGGCUUGGUAAUAAUAGUCAAGAUGUUUAAAUGCCCACACAGUAUGGUGCAGAGUGUUGCCAAGAAUUGUGUCACAGAGGUUGUAAGUGUUGGAAAAGAUGGUGUCAUGUGUUUGGCCCGUACGUUUGCACAAAGAAAAAAGUAAGGGAUGAGUUAUUGUGUGUAAAUGAAUCUUUGCUUAGUGGAAUGAUGGGGUACAGAGGUGGAGAGGCUGUGAGAGGAAUGACCCAAGUGAAAUGACAAAUACAAAAGAUAGAGACUGUAAGAAAAAUGACCAACAGUGGAAUAACUAAAAGCGAAAUGGUUCAAAGUUCAAUUAAAAAAAAAAGGUAGAGAUUGAUGGAUAACGAGGUAGAGGAAUAUAAAAAAUAUGACUAAUUAAAGAUGGAAAGGAAUAACCCACAGUAGAAUGAAUAACAAGACAGCGCACAUAUUGAAGAAAAGACGGUUAUAUAGAAAAAAAUAAGGCCCUCCCUGUCAACACAUAUCUAAAUAGUUACAUAUACUUACAAGUUUAUACAUAACUUAAUGACACUGGGAAAGAGAGAAUAGGAUAUCUUGGGGAAUAAAACAGCCUUACCUCACACUCCAUCACCUUCUGUACCUGUAUCAGUCCUGUGUUAUACGUUGAAGAGAUGAGAGCGUAGUGCAGCCCUGCGCGUGUGUGUGUUGGUAGAUUCUCAAAGUGUAGGGUUCGUACGGUACUGGUGUGGUGGCAAUAUUUUUGUAUAAUUUUUACUGUCGUCGGCAGCUCUUAUUUAUUAAAACCAUGAAGACGG